AUGAAAGAGAUUUUCAUCCUUCUGCUGAAUCUGUAUUCGGUCCUCACUGUCCAAGCCAUUCGAGAGAGUAUCCCUAUGAAGAGCUUGAGCUGCUACAAUGACUACAACUCACAGGUGACCUGUACAUGGAUGGAGCAUUCAGAGGCUCAUGCCCUCGUUGGUAUGAUUCUUUACCAAAGGGAUAACAUUAUAAUGUAAAUGAUGUCAGAACAAAUCACUUUCUCUAUACACAGGGAGAACAAGGAGAUGCUUUGCAAACACCAAACAGAAAAUGACUUACAUGAGGCUCCAGACUCCUAUGUGCACUGGGUUUGUCGCAACACUACAAACAAUUUUGGAAUAGGAGUAGAUCAUAUUUACAGCUUCAAACCUAACAAGAUGCUUCAAGCAGAACUAAAUGUUGAUCUUUUCCAAAAUGUUCAGACCCUCCCACCUCAAAACCUCUCAGUCAGCUUGAUGAGAUCAGGAGACUUCUUACUGACCUGGAAAGCAGCUGAUGGAAGCCAAGGGCUGGGCAACGUGCUGGAGUAUGAAGUCACUUACAAGCGGGAGUGGGAGUCCUGGGAGAAAGCUGCCUCACUCUUGCUCUCCAGCACCACACGUUGCCAUCUCAGCCGUGAGAACCUUGUCCCGGGGAGCAGGUACGUUGCCCGUGUGCGAGCCAGACCGGGGCAGGCCAGUGGCUUCUCUGGGCAGUACAGCGAGUGGAGCAUGGAGGCAUCAUGGGAGACCCCUGAAGGUGGCCUUCAGCCCAGGAACCUUCGCUGCCUCUUCAACGGUGCAGAUCGUCUGACGUGCAGCUGGGAAGUGAAGAAAGCGAUCAUCACCUCUGUCCUCUUUGGCUUGUUCUUCAGGGCCACUCCGGCAUCAGUAGAAGAAGAGUGCUCUCCUGUGCACGAGAAGGCUUUGCCCCACAUCCCAUAUGUGGUGCAGAGCUGUGAGAUCCGUGUUAGCAGCUCCAGCAGUCAGAGCCAGUACCAUGUGUCUGUCCGGGCCAAGACGGAGGAGAAACUGAUUGAAGCCUACAAGAACAUUAAGGUGCUGCCGCCUGCAAAUGUGUCAGUAACAGUGACAGAGAACCAAGAGUAUGAACUGAGGUGGAUAAAACACGCUUUGGGAUAUAGCUUCAUAACACAGAGAUACCAAGUCGAGUACUGGAAAAACAACCAAUACAAAAAGACUCCCCAGAAGUUAAAUAUCAGCAACGAUGAACCUCCCUUCAUCUUCACCCUGCAGAUGCUGGCAUCAUCUACAGAAUAUAGGGGGAAAAUGCGUGCUAGGGUGAAUACGCCUCUAGAUUAUGAGGGGCCUUGGAGUGAAUGGAGUGAGGAGUUCACCUGGAAGACUGAGAAUGCUCUGCCACCAGUGAUGCUUCCAGUGAUGCUCCCCGCUCUCAUCAUCACUUUCCUAAUAGUUGCCUAUUGCAGCUAUAAGUAUUUCCUCAGGAAGAAGAAAAUGUGGGAGGAGAAGAUUCCGAACCCCAGCAAGAGUCUCCUGAUCCAGAGCUACCUGGGGAAAGUACGCUUAGGAAACUGGCCAACAAGCAGCCAGCUGGACUUCAACAAAUACAACCUUUCAGAGAAGAUGGAGCAGGCUAGCUUCCUUCAAGUUGUGGACAGACAGACGAAGACUUUGGCGGAGUUCCCUGAAGGGCAGGCUAAGAAGACAGAGGUUUCCCCUGUUGCACUGGACCUACAGAACUCAUACCAAGCUUUAAAUGAGCCAGAGCAUGCCCCAGUUGCCUGCUCAAGUCAGAUUGCUGGUCAUUCCUUUCCUGUUUCAAGGAGAAACAGUGCUGAUGCAAGUAUUGCUUCCAAGACAGCAAUCCCUUGCUUUGCUUUCAAUGGUCCAUACUUGUACAGCCCCGUGAUGUCCUCCCAGCCUGAUAUGCAGGCGACCCUGGAAGUGGACCCCGUGGGAGCGCGUGAGAAAUCAGUUUCCCUUCAGUAUGUGACCCUCCCAAAGGAAGACUGUCCCCAGGCUCCACAGAGGCAAGAACAGCCAGGAGCAGGUCCUCCACAACCUGUCCUGCUCCCAGAUCAGAAGGAAACGAUGCAGCGCCUCGACGACGAGAAAGAAGUCUCAACGGCCCCACCAGCCUGUGGGAAAGGCACGAACGUGAGAACAGAAGAGCAGAAAUCUCCAGAGGCUCUUAGCUGUAUCACAUCUCCUCAGCAGUGCUCCUUGGAGUACCUCACCACAGAGAGCCUGUUACUGCCAUCAGCCAGCGACUCCACCCGUCCGCCACUUGUCACUGCUGGGGAGUUACCUUGUGACUCACAGGAGCCCCAGCCCUGCAGCGACCACCCUUGCCAUGAGUUUUCUCCUGGGAAAACUGGUGUCAUGGUCCCAGUUUCAGGUCAAGCACCAACCUCUUCUCCUGAAUUGCACCUGGAUACAUUUGGAGACUAUCUUACUGUCCCUUUAGGUCUCCAUGGACAUUCAGAACCCACAAAGAUUUCUUUGCCUGUCUUACAGAAGGGAAACGAUCUUCCUAGAAAGCAGCCUUUGUCAGAGGGUAACUUGGUGGUGUUAAACCCUGACAGCACUGAACCAGUUUUCCUUUGCCAGGUUGGUGAUUAUUGCUUCCACAGCCUAAAAUCCAGUGUGAAGAUGGAUAUUAGUCAGGAAGACCACCAAGUCAAGAAACCUUCCGAAGGGAAGACAAGACCUGGGAAGCCUGUAUCUGAUGAUGAAUCCAUCACUGGCGAGGAAAAGGAUGUACCAAAAAUGCAGGCUAUUCAGCUUUUUAAAAACCUGAAAUCAGAUGAUUACUUUUCCUGGCAGCAAUCUUUGAGGAUCACAGAAAUCUGUUAAAUGGGCAAAUAUUAAUGAAUACCAAAGCUACAGGUAACUGAAAGAGGUUGCAACUAUCUGAUGAAAAUGAGCCCUCAAACCUAGGAACAAAUAAACACCAGUUCCCUUUUCCAGCUUCCAGUCCAACAUAUUGAAAGACUUGAAAUAGCUCAACAUCCUUCUCAAUGGCCUUCACAGAUUUGGCAUGAAAGACAAUCCAAGUAAUGCCCUUUGGUGUUUUUCAAACUUUUUGGCUUAUCCACAAUGAACAGCUUAGCGUCCUGAUGAUCCUGUGACAGAUCGCGGUUAUCUUGCAAUAAUACCAGAUUGCCUGAGGCAAAACUUGUGGCAGGAAAUGCAGGCUUAACAGCACAAAAUGCUAUCAGAAGAAGACAGGCUUGGAAACCUUGGAAAGAAAACUUAUGUUCUUAAGAGCAAUUUUGUUGAACUUUUGUGUGUGUGUAAAAUAGAUCUACGAGUCACCAAGGAGCUUUCAUAUCUCUACCUUUGCACUACUGGCAUGAAAUAGGUAUUGUCUAAGGUGAAAAAAACCCAGACAGUAAUAGAAGGGUAAAUAAAAAAUGAGAAAAAAUUGUUGAAGUCCAGGAGACCUUUCUUAAUGUUAAGGUGCAGUGCAUCACAGCAUAUUCUAAGGGUAAGAAGGAAACAUUACUGGGAUACAUAAAGUAGGCUGUAGAGAACCAUGGUGAAGAAGAUACAUUACUGAAAGAAAACCCAAGGACUCGUAAGGUGCAGUGAGAGGAAGGGAUUGGGGCAGGUAACAGAAAAUGACAGGCAAGAAAUAUUGUGAAGGUGCAGAAGCCUGUAUAUCUGCUGGGGUUUUUCUAUUUCUAAGCGUUAAAGUACUAUAUGAUUUUCUUUUAAGUUCAUUGGCUGUUUAUGCAUGAUGCAAUUAAUCUUAUGUCCUGGUUUCGGCUGGGACAGAGUUAACUUUCUUUUUAGUAGCUGGUACAGUGCUGUGUUUUGGAUUUAGUGUGAGAAUAAUGUUGAUAACUCUCUGAGGUUUUAGUUGUUGCUAAGUAGCACUUAUCUUAAGCCAAGGACUUUUCAGUUUCCCAUGCUCUGCCAGCAAGCAAGUGUGCAAGAAGCUGGGAGGGAGCAUAGCCGGGGCAGCUGACCUGAACUAGCCAAAGGGGUAUUCCAUACCAUGGAACAUCAUGCCCAGUAUAUAAAAGGGGAGAGUUGGCCGGGAGGCGCAGCUUGCGGCUCGGGAAUUAACUGGGCAUC